CGGCGCGGGGUCCCGCCGCCUCCGCCGCGCCAAUUCCAGGUGCGUCACGGAGGGGCGGGGCCGGCGGCUCAGCCCGCCCUCUCCGCUUCGGCCACACCCCCGACGCUGACCACGCCCCGGUCCCCUCCCCUCCAGUUCAGUCUUGCUUGCGGGAGGUCCGCCCCUUCUUAACCUGCUGCUUCUGUUUGCAUUUGGAAUCGUAGUAGGGAGCUCUAGGCUAGUGGGGUGCGCUCUUUUCGCGGGAACUCAUGCUGCCACAAGCCAGUCCGCCAAGGGAGGAUGUCCUGAAUAACGGAUUGAUCUUUGACGUCCCAGGCAUUGAGAACCUUCCCUGUGAACUUCAAAGGAACUUCCAGCUGAUGCGAGAGCUCGACCAGAGAACAGAAGAUAAGAAAGCAGAGAUCGACAUCCUGGCUGCAGAAUACAUUUCCACGGUGAAGACUCUGUCUUCAGAGCAGCGUGUGGCGCACCUGCAGAAGAUCCAGAGCGCCUACAGCAAGUGCAAGGAGUACAGUGAUGACAAGGUGCAGCUGGCCAUGCAGACCUACGAGAUGGUGGACAAACACAUCCGAAGGCUUGAUGCUGACCUGGCGCGCUUUGAGGCUGACCUGAAGGACAGAAUGGACGGAAGUGACUUUGAAAGCACUGGAUCACGAAGCUUGAAAAGUCGGAGUCAGAAAGAAAAGAGAAGCUCCCGGGGCCGAGGCAGGAGGACAUCAGAAGAGGACACUCCAAAGAAAAAGAAGCAUAAAAGCGGGUCCGAGUUUACUGACAGCAUCCUGUCUGUGCACCCCUCUGAUGUGCUGGACAUGCCUGUGGAUCCGAAUGAGCCUACAUACUGCCUGUGCCACCAGGUGUCCUACGGAGAGAUGAUCGGCUGUGACAAUCCAGAUUGCCCAAUUGAGUGGUUUCACUUUGCCUGCGUGGAUCUCACCACAAAGCCCAAAGGAAAGUGGUUCUGUCCACGAUGUGUACAGGAAAAGAGGAAGAAGAAGUAACGGAGAGGCUGUGCCAGACUGCAGAGCAAGCUAAUAUAUUUCUUCACUCAUGUUGCAAUAUUAUCUUUCAUUUUAAAACUACCUUAUUUCAACUGAUAUUUAAUAAUUCAGUGGCCAGUUAUGAUUUUGGAUGUUUCCCAAAUUAAGAGGCCACUGCACCGUUUGCACAGAACAGUCUCGCAGGGACUCGCCACAGUGACUUCACAUGCAGGCUCCCCACCCCUGCAUCCUCCCAGCACUGAGAAUUUCGGAAACAUUGCCUGUGGUGAGUGUCAGUCUGGGCUGUGGGCAAAGUGCUGCGUGGUGCAGGGUGGAUACAUUUUAACCUGGUGUCCUGCGCUGUUUGGGGACUAGAGGGUCAGCCUUGAGGGUCCGUGUUUUCCUGGACUGUCUUGCGGCACACUGGAAGCACAGCUGUGGCUCUGUGAGCAAAGUAUUGUCAGGCGCUGUCCCAUGCUGUGCUCUGACCCUGACCGAAGACCAGGGACUCCUGGCCAACAUACCUCUGAUGUGUCUGGAAGGGACUGGGGCUCUUCCCUGGUGGAAGCGCCCUCUGUUUCAUCGUGCACCACCUUUUCAGUGGAAACCUCCAGCCCUCCCUGGAGAGUAAGCUUCCAUUAGCCUCGGACUGUCAGUUAUCACAACCAGCACCGCCCAUCUGUGGAUAAACAGCCAGGCUGAGCUUCCACCUCUCUGGGAAUUCCUAACUUUUUUUUUUUAACUGUGAAGAUGAAAUUAUUGUAAUAGCAUGAAGGUCAUGGGUCUGUGUGUCUAUGAAGUGAGUCUGUCUACUGUGAGCUAAUUUUAGAACUCUGCUAUGUUGCAUCCCACUAGACCAGCAGCUUACAUUCAAGGGGACUACAAUUAUGUGACAUGAUUUGUGAAUUUGUAUGCCCAAUAGCAGUUCUGGAAUGAAGGUAGGGAACUAGAGUGUACUCUUCGUUUAACCAGUGUCCACAAAACCAGUGUUGAACUGUCCUUUGGAAAUAGUUGGGGGUGGGGGGUGUAUACACAGGGCCUGUGGAGACGCAUCUGGGGUGGCUCCUUACUUGUGACAGGAUCCUGAGAGCUUCCUUUGACUUAGAAUUCCUCUGGCAUGUUUUCCAGUGUCUCACUCAGGCCUUGAGAAGUAAGAGCCAGUCCCUGGCCUCACUCCAGAAAAAGACCCACAAGACAGAGCUGGGUUAUGCAGUUUCCCGUGUAAGGAGAGGCCGGCUUUUUAUCUGACGACAGGUGCAUUGUUUUAAGAUGGUCAUGUCUAAAUCGAGAGAUUUCCAUCCAGGGAAUGGAAACAAGGCAAGAAGGAGCUGUAUCUGCCCCACAUCAUACCAGCACGGUCAUGUUCUACUGGACAGGGCGUCCUGCACAGCCUGUCCCAGCCAGAGAGGGAGACAGGAAUGGUUUGUGUUUGUGCUACUGAGUAAGUUGGUCCAUGUAGACCCUUCCUAGGCAGCAGGUGCCAGGCAGGUGGCAGCAGCUGCUAGGCAACUGUCCAAGCUUGUCUCUAGGCUAGGAAGAGCUUUGGAAAUUUGGUUCCUGUGGCUUGAGGGGCUAGUUUUCUUCUUGGGGACCCCCUCUCAAACUCAGAUUAGAUAGACAUUUUCAUUUCUUUUUGUUGUUUUUUGGUUUUGAUUUUAUUAUUUUUUUCUUUGUUUUGUUUUAUUUUUGUUUUGUUUUUGAUUUUUCCAGGCAGGGUUUCUCUAUGUAGUCCUGGCUGUCCUGGAACUAGUUCUGUAGACCAGGCUGGCCUUGAACUCAGAGAUUCACCUGCUUCUGCCUCCUGAGUGCUCAGAUUAAAGAGAUGCAUGUGCCGCCACCACAGGUUAGACAUUUUCAUUUCUUAACUUAGACUUUUGUUGUACUAAAGGUUGUGAGGAUAAGUUACAGAAAUUUUUUUUCCUUUUCUCUUUUUAUUUUAAAGACUGGGUAUUAUGUAUCCUAGGCUAGCUUUGAACUCACAAUGUAGCUGAAGAUAACUGAUCUUUUGAUCUUCCUUCCUAUACCUCCCAAAUGCUAAGGUUAUAGGUGUUCACCAAGAGGUCUGGUUUUGCAGUGUUAGGGACCAAACCCAGAACUUUUUUUUUUUUUUCCCCAGGCUGGCCUCAAACUCACAGAGAUCUGCCUGCCUCUGCCUCUCCAGUGCUGGGAUUAAAGGUGUGCGCCACCACAGUCUGUUAAAGGUGUGCACUACUACCCAGCUCCAACUCAGAGCUUUGCAUGCUAGGCAAGCAUUCUGCAAAUUGAGUUCCAUCCCCAGCCCUUUUUCUUCAUUCUUUUAUCUUUUUUAUUUUUUUCUUUAUUCAGUCCUAGGGGUCAGGCCUCGUACAUCCUUUAAUUUUAUUUUAUUUAUUUAUUUAUUUGGAGGCGGGGCCUAAUUAUGUAGCCCAGAUUGGCUUUGAACUAGUAAUCAUCUUGCCUUAGCCAUGAGAUGUUGGGAUUACGGGUGGAUGCCCCCUGUAAUGUCUGGCCCUCUUAUCAUUUCUGGGAGCACAAGAAAUUUAAAUUAUAUCUUGUCUUGGAAGCUGAUUUAAUACCUGAGAUUCAGCCUGAGGCAGAGGAGUAUUUCCUGGUGGAGGCACUAGAGGCUACUUAAACUCCAUCUUCGGGCUUCCUGAGGUCAUGCUGGUUUCUCCUCUGACUUCCACCUGCGGCCAUCCUGUGUACUGGCUUCGGACUUUUAUUUAUUUUGCAAAUUUCUAUGAUUAUCUGCUUUUUUUUUUUAAAAUUUACUCUUGACAGUUAUAAUAAUGUCACCAAAAUAAGAUUCAUAUAGCUUGGAAACAACAGAAUUCAUGGUUUGGGGAUUUAACUCUGUGGUGGAAUAACUUGCCUACCAGUGUGAAGCUCAGUGUGGUAUUGGUUGUAUGGUGGUGAGCAAAGCUGCCUUCCAAAAAUGAUGGUCUAGGUUUGAUCCUUGACAAUGAAACAGAAAAAAGAAGCAGGAAGCAAAAUCCUUUGGGUCAUUGUCGGUACUCCAAUGGAGUGUUUGUUCCAUUGUUACUGUCUGAGCAAGGAGGAUAUUCAAAGAAAAGUGUACCCCCAGCUCUGGCUAGGGUGCUGCAGAAACACAGAAGCAUGCUGCUGCGCCACUGAGCACCAUCCCAGCAGCCCCAGCUGUCUCCAUCCUUGGACCAGAUAUUCUUUCAUGCCUGCCCAUCUAGGCCUGGCGCUUGAGCUAUCCCUGCCUCUUAGACAGAGUGGGUAGGGUGACCCCCACAGGUCACCUUGGCAGCCAAGGCUGGGUCUUCCUUCUGUCAUUCCCCUUCCUUAUAAGUACAUAAGUGUUUUGCUAAGAGGAGAGGAAUCAUCUUCCUUAUUUUCUGUGCAUAUUAUCAAUAGUUUGAAUUUCUCCAGUUUCUUAUAGGAGAAGCAUGAUGAAUUAAUAAAAAAAACUGAGCCCCAAGAUCUGUGAACAUGCUAGUGGUGUGAUGGUCCGAGCAGUACUGACCAUUCGCCAGUCCAGCGGGUGAGGUUGGUAAGAGUCAGGCCGCCGGCUGUGUCUUCCACUCCACAGUGAAGAGCCGUGUGGUGUGAGGGCUUGUGGAUGGCUGGGGAAGUGGCCGCCUGUUUGCUCCUGUGUACACACACAGCAUCUUGUCUUCUGCCCUCACCUGUCCCCAGAAGGCCUUGGCAGGGAUGCUUCAAGCAAUAACACUGUCCAGAGAUCAACUCCUCCAUGUGAUAUGGUGCCAGGGUUGGCCCUGUUAUGAGGCUGGGAGGUUAGGUCUUCAGGGUUUGAGAUCGAACAGUGAGGGACAUUUAUUUGAGGCUUUUGAAACCCUGUUUUCUAUGAGCAGAGGCUGGUCUUCCUGCCUAUGUUGAGAGGAGCUUCAAAGCAGGGGAGGUCUAAGGAGCGUCUUUUCCCUCAGAAUGUGCUGUGGUGUUCGUUCACCACACUCCAUCCAUCAGGAUGAUGCAGCUUUAACAUGAAUGUCACAUUUUAUUUUCAAGGAAUUAUUACCUAUGUCCCCUUUGUAAAGGAGAGAUACUAUUGUAAAUCUUUUUAUUAAAUAAUGUAAAGAUGUAUAUCUGUAUUUUUGGAUCAUGGAUUAUGGAUAUAUUGUUUAAUAAAUAAAAGUAUUUUUGGGA